AUGUUGAAUGUUGAUAUUGGUGCUUAUAAGCGAGAUAUUGAGACAUCAUGGUUAUACAAAAUCGGAAAAUUUUCCGUCGAUAAUUGGAUAGCUCUACUCAUCACAAUUGUAUGUGUUAUUGUUAUUCGAGCACUCUUCAAUAACGUUAUUUUCCCUUAUUAUUUUGAGGAAUUCAAAAGACUAUAUCGUCUCGAGAAUACUCUAUCAAAAAUGAAGAAUGUUCUGGAAGAUGAUUACUCGGAUUUAUGGCAUGAGAGUGAAUUCUGUUUGGCUUUUUUGGCGCUUCAAGACAAACAUCAACGCCUCGUCCGUCUCGCCAAAUCCAACUCCGACGGCGAGAAUCCACGUCGAUUUCAUUGGGCAAAUCGAUACGCGGAAAUUCAAAUCAAAUAA